ACACACACACACACAUAUUUAUACUGUACCCGAGUUCGUUGGAAGUGAGCUAUCAUAUACACUCAAGAAUUUUUCAAGACUGGUUUUGGUUGAAAAGAUUCUGGCUCCCUCCAGCAAUAAAGUGGUCAGACCUUCGAAGAUCACAAUGGACUCGUCUUUGUAAAACCCUCUCAUCUGUACAUGACCAUCCCACAUGCCUUUGGAUUGCUGAUUAUCCAGCAUUUCUUUGAAAAAUUUAUCACCACACCUCUAGCAAAGACUUUUGGUAUUAAAGAGGAAGUUCAGAAGAUUAUACCAAACACUGUCUUAGAGAGUUUUUACAAACACUCUACGAGCAAACCAUCUGAAGAUGUUAUGGCCUGGCAAAGAAGUGCAACCUGACAGAGCGCCAGGUUGAAAGAUGGUUUCAGAGUCAGCGGAAUCAGGACAGGCCUUGCAGGAUGAAGAAAUUCCAGGAGGCUUGCUGGUGAUUUGCAUUUUACUUAGUGAUUACUGUGGCUGGGAUCGUGUUUCUUUAUGAUAAACCUUGGGUAUAUGACCUCGGGGAGGUGUGGAAUGGCUAUCCCAGACAGCCCUUGCUGCCAUCCCAGUACUGGUACUACAUCCUGGAGAUGAGUUUUUAUUGUUCUCUCUUACUUAGCCUAGGCUCUCAUGUGAAGAGGAAGGAUUUUUUUGCUCAUGUUAUCCACCACCUGGCUGCUCUCAGCGUGAUGAGCUUCUCCUGGUGUGCUAACUACAUACGCAGUGGGACCUUGGUGAUGAUUGUGCACAAUGUGGCCGACAUUGGGCUGGAGAUGUUUUCUUAUGCUGGAUGGAAGCAAACUUGCAAUACCCUGUUCUUCAUCUUUUCCGCCAUAUUUUUCAUCAGCUGCCUCAUCAUUUUUCCCUUCUGGAUUUUGUAUUGCACACUGGUGAUCCCGAUGCUCUACCUCGAGCCCUUCUUUGCCUACAUCUUCCUCAACCUGCAGCUCAUGGUCCUGCAAAUCCUUCACCUUUACUGGGGUUACUUCGUCCUGAAGAUGCUCAAAAGAUGUAUAUUCACAAAGCACAUCCAGGAUGUGAGGAGUGAUGACGAGAAGGAGUACGAGGAAGAGGAAGAGGAAGAGAAGGAAGAGGCCACCGAAGACAAAGAGAGAGACUAUUUGAAGAACGGACUCGGGCCCGACAGGAGCCUCCUUCCCAAUGGUCAGCAUGGCCGUUAGUGGGAAGCCCAUGUGGGUCCUCGGGCCAGUGUGACCAGGGCUACAGAAGUCAGGCUGCCCUCCAUCACUGCAACCCAGGACCCACAGGGACCCCAGACCCGCCCUCCCUCUCCCCAGUGCCCCCUCCAGAUGUAUCUAACAAAAACGUUGUUGGAAUGUGUUAAAAUGUUAAAUAUAAGCGUUCCCAUGGAUUUACUGCAGUUAGGACUGAGACUAGUCAGAGAUUUCAAAGAUUUCUCCAGGGAACCAUGUUGGUUUUCAUCGUCAUUACACCGCCUGCCUUGCCCAUCCCUAGCGAGUGCCAGCAAUGCUGUUAAACCACUUCCUCCGCUGGGCUUGGCCACAGAGAGAGCUCCUGCCCUAGAACGACUGAGAGGCAGCGAUGGGACAGGGGCUUGUUUAAAACCUCCCAAGCCUUGUUGCUCUGUC